UUCCGGGUGAGUAUGUGGGUGAAAGGUCGCGGGUGAGACGGAGACGUUGGAAAGUCGCUGCUAAAAACAGCUGUCUAUCUGUCAUUUGUCUGUCAUUGUGUGCAUUUCAGACAGAUAUAUUAAAUCACCCGGAUUUCUCUCUGAUUUCGCUGAACUGGGUCGAUCAUGUCGAAGCAGCAGCCGAUCAGUCCGCUGAAGAAUUUCUUCGCCGGUGGAUUCGGGGGAGUUUGUUUAGUGUUCGCGGGACACCCGCUGGAUACCAUCAAAGUGCGACUGCAGACGCAGCCCAAACCCCGUCCAGGUGAAUCUGCGCUUUAUGGCGGGACGUUCGACUGCUUCAAGAAAACCCUGGCGAAAGAGGGUUUGCGCGGGCUGUAUAAGGGCAUGGCGGCACCCAUCAUCGGAGUCACGCCCAUGUUCGCCGUCUGCUUCUUCGGCUUCGGACUUGGAAAGAAACUGCAGCAGAAAACACCAGACGACGUUCUGACGUAUCCGCAGCUGUUCGUGGCCGGUAUGCUGUCAGGUGUUUUCACCACGGCCAUCAUGGCUCCAGGAGAGAGAAUCAAAUGCCUCCUGCAGAUCCAGCAGGUGUCCGGCGAGGUGAAGUACGCCGGGCCGAUGGACUGCGUCAAGCAGCUGUACAGAGAGAACGGCAUCCGCAGCAUCUAUAAAGGAACGGCUCUGACGCUCAUGAGAGAUGUGCCGGCCAGUGGAAUGUACUUCAUGACGUACGAGUGGCUGAAGUACUCGCUCACGCCGGAGGGCAAGAGUCCGACGGAGCUCAGCGUUCCCAGCAUUCUGUUUGCCGGCGGGAUGGCAGGGAUCUUCAACUGGGCCGUGGCGAUUCCUCCCGACGUGCUGAAGUCUCGUUUCCAGACCGCUCCGGAGGGCAAAUAUCCCAACGGCUUCCGGGACGUCCUGAGGGAGCUGAUUCGGGAGGAGGGCAUCGGCUCGCUCUACAAAGGCUUUACUGCUGUGAUGCUCCGAGCGUUUCCGGCUAACGCGGCCUGUUUCCUGGGGUUUGAAGUGGCCAUGAAGUUUCUGAACUGGAUUGCUCCAAAUCUGUGAUCCAGCGGAACCAGAUCCAGAUCCAGAUGAUGUGACAGGAGAACACGCGCGCUGUGGAUGGUGUACGGAUCGAUACGGGACGGUCCGAACAGAACAGCGCGACAGACUGUAGCACAUGUUAAUGAAUGUCUCGCUGCUUUGUGAUUUAUUUGAGAGGAUUUUAAUCUGUAUUAGUGCCUUAUAUCGGCCUGUGAACCAAUUUCUGCCUUCAGGGAAACUGAAUGUUUGUAAUGUAAAAUCCAUUAACAGUCUGUACAUGAGCACGUGUCGUUUACAGUACGGUCUGCCUUCGGCCCUCAUGACAGGAAUUCAGUACACAGUCAAGGCCUGUUCUGUUUUAAUUGUUUUGUUCGUUAAGUUUAAUUCUCAGUUAUUAUCACCUACGUCAUGUUCAUAAAUAAAUGUAUAUUGAUCAUUUUCA